AUGCAUUUGCAAGAGAAUCGUGACGGAGAAAAUGCUGUUACUCACGAGUCUUUAGGUGAAUCACCUUCAGCAUUAGUUAAAAAGUUUAGAAAUAAUCCAUGGGUGACGAAAUUUAUCAAUGAACUAGCAAUACAAGAAUCUGUUAACCCCAACGUCAUAUCAGCUUUAUUACAAACAAUUUAUUAUGAUGGUGCAAAUUCUCUAGCCAUUCCACACACAUCAUACUCACAACUACCAUUUGUCUCGAAAGACAUCGUUAGGAUAAUUGAGACAUGGCUAACAGAAAAUUUUUCACGGGCUGGCGAUUCAAUUCCAAUAUUAGGGAAUACCUUGGAAGAUAAUGUAGAAAGUAUCAAUCAGAGAUUAAGGGCCGAGCUGGAUUUUUCAGGACUGAAUAAAGUAUUAGUAAAUAUCAGAGCUGGCCAUUCAUUUUUCUCUCAUAUGGAGGGCGACGAAAUCGUUCUUGAUAAAAACCAAAACAAUUAG